AUGGCUCGCCUAGGUAUCACCACCAUCUCGGGCCUGCUGCUCCUCCUCCUGUAUAUCUCGUCCUUUGUCCUCUUUGCGAUUAUUAGAAUCACCACGGGAUUUUCAAUUCAGAGAUUAGGAUAUUUGAGCUUGCGCCGGAUAGCAUAUACACCAAAAGCAGGGAUACGAAUCGAGGUUCGCGGAUUGGGCCUGUCGCUUCAUCGUCCAACCUUCGUUCAACCGACAUGGAUCAGCUUACGGCUAGACAGCCCCAGAGUUAUAUUAGACCUCUCGGUAUUGAAUGGCAGCCCGAAGAGAACAAAUGGCCGGAUUCAGAUGGUGGAUAAACAAUCUCAGCACUCUGCGAAGUCGUUUUCUGCGCCAAAUGGAUCAACGAACGGCCCACGGCGACAUCGCAGCCAGCUUUGGAGACAUCUAACCGAUACCAAAGAAGGUAUCAAGCGGUUGCACCGUAAAGUACACUGGCUUAGAUUAUUGGAUGUCGUCGCUGUUGAUGCAGCUAUCGAAGUGGUGGAUGUCGGUUCCAUCCGGAUCGGCCACUUUACAAUGGCCGUUGAUACGAGACGCAAGACAGUUGAUCGAGGUCGCCUAUUUCGGCACAAGAAAGACCCCUCAGGAGAUCAGCGACCUGCGGAAUGGAUCAUCACCACCAAAAGUGUUCUUCUUAUGGUUGCUGGAUCUGAACCUGGCGAAGUGCUAGACUCUAUGAGCCUUAAUAUCCACGGCAUUCUGUACAGAAAACGGGAAGGUCUUCGAGAUACGUCUAUUGCCAUCAAGUUGGGCCGCUUACACAUUCCUUUCGACGAUCUCCUUACGAUCUCAUCCUAUGCCAGAGCUAUAACCAUCUCUGCUAGAGAAGCUGCUGUCAGAAGUCCUCUCGAAGAAAUCUCGUUCACUGACGUUGUCGAAGAAUUAGACAGGCCUGGAAGUCGCGAGGAAUCCAUUGUUCAAACUGUAGCAGAUUCUAAGGAAUUCAUCAGCUCCAUUUUGAGAGGCGUACAGGAGAUUCAGAUGGCUCUCAGCUUCAUUCGAGUAUCGAGGCAAAUCACCUCUUUAUCGCAUCUUACCGCGCCCCUCACUGUAAACAUUGUGACACACGAAGUUGGCAUCGACCUGCAUCGUCUUGAUCAAGGAAGCCCAGCCCAUCGGAUGUACUUUUCGCGGUCAGAUGUGGCUCAUCAAGCACUGAUUGCUGCCAUAUCUGUAUCCGUCAGUCUGGAUGAUGCUGAGCAUUCACCUAGCAAGAUUAUGUACAUUCCUAUGGCAACUACCACCGUCAAGACUACGUUACCAUCAAAGACAGUAACAUUUGCAGAGGAGAGAGACGCAACUGAACGCAAUGCCAAUAUCUUGUUUGCCAACCUGGUCGUCACGUCACCUUCUGUGGACCUUGAUCCAAGACAUCUUGCUCAAAUACUAGCCCUCCUUCGCGCGAAAGGCGAAAAUCCAAGUGUCAGACAAGAUGGCAACCACCGACUUAUCUCGCGCCUCCUACCGAAAGCUAGCAUCAAGCUGUCUAUUCAUGAGCCCGUGGUUAGGUUCGUGCUACCUAUCAAUAACUCAACCUCUACCAAUCCUGACGACUACGAUCUCAUCAUAUCUGCUGUGUCUUCGAUCUCCCUGGAUGUCGAAUCAACGCAUUCUACAGAAGGGGAGAUUCACUACUCACUAAACUCAGUCUUUCGCCUUUCAUCGCACCAACUAUACUACCAGACCUCGUCAGGGAUCAGACAUGAUCUUGUCGUUGCAGAGGUUCUUGAACUGAAAAUGGAAUUGGAUGCGACAACCGAAGUUCGCAUGCUGGUUUCUGGGAGCCUAAAAUCAUUUUCUAUCCAUAUGAUGAGGGAGGAGGUCAGCAACGGAAUUUACAAUAUCGUUAGAAAUUUCAGGAACAAUUUUAAGCUUGACGAGCAGGCGUUAACAUUAGUGGCUGGUCGCCCCAACUUUCUCCGUCGGCUACCUGUCUGGCUGAUCGAGCUUCAUCUGGAGGGUUCCGAUUUUAGUAUUGAAGUCGCUGGCAUCGACAAAGAAAUAUCCCAUCAGACCCGGGGUCUUGCCAUGCGACUCGAUUCGUGGACUGCGGAAUACGAGUCGCAGCGCGCCCUUAAAGAGCGCCGACCAUCUUCGGUGGGGCGUAGGACAAGCGCCAAGUCCCGUCGUGACGAAUCUUCUAAGCAAGGACUUGAUCCAGCGCAUGAAAAGACUUCGCAUACGCAAUCUGAUGGUCGCAGGUUGACUAUCCACGUCAAAGGCCUCGAAGCUUUCAUCAUUGAAUCCACACGGCUAUGGGAACCCGAGCCUUCCAUGCGUUUGCCUAGGUUUGAAGUUACCUUUAGCACUUCACGAGACUUGCAAGGACCAAUCCUUCACAUCAACUCAGCAGUCAGUGCUAUCCACCUCUGUUUUUCUCUCUAUCGCUAUUACUCUAUUGGUGUCGCUAUCAUGACCUUGAAAGAUGCAUUUCAGGGCCCUGUCUCUCGAGCUCCCACACAAGAGCUUAAGUCGUAUCUGUCCACUGGGAAGGCGCAGGCAGCGGAGCACGCCGUGCGCUCAAAUACCAUGGCGGGUGCAGAACUUGUUGCAGUUGAUAUUAAGGUUGCUUUCAUGCAGGUUCAAGCUGGAAUGGCGGCGGAUCCACCAAUGCUCCUUCAGAUAUAUGAUGUUGUUGCAGGUCGUCAUCGGUGGUCUGCGCCUUUCCUAAAGUCUCACUUGCUACGGUUGCAUGUUGAGGCUCCACACCUAAGAAGAGUCUGGGCGCGCUUGAUAUCCAUGAAUAGCAUUCGUGUGAACAUGCGCCAAAGCCGGAAGAAAGUAGGAACUUCUUUUGUCACUGAACGGUCCAUAGACCUUGCGACAGAGUUUAUUCGUUUGGCGGUUCCCCACGGGCUGAUCGUCUAUAAGGUUUUUGACAACUUCGUGAAUACUGUAAAGGCCAUGGAGCAGCUGCAUCACAGGUUCAGGACAAGAAAAAAGGACUAUGUCCUAGAAAAAAGUCCCGAAGGACCGAAGCGUAUUCCAAAAAUCUCCCUUCGGAGUAAAGUAAUCAUGUUCGAGAUAGAAGAUGAUGCCUUUGAGUGGAAACUUGGGACUAUUUACCGUGUAGGCCUCGCGGAGCAGAAGCAGCGUAUGGCUCGGGCAGAGGCCUUCGUUUUGAAGGCCAAAAGACUCGGGGACGAUCGACCUCCAGGCGCUGCUUCACGGCAUCGAGCACACUCUUAUCAGCCUCAAACACAUCCUCGGCCCAGCCACGAAGGACCAGACAGAAGUCAUAGUGAAGAGCAAUUUUCAGGUCAACGCUCCUCCUCACGAGGACCUCACGGCCAUGACAGCAAAUCGAUACGUUACAAUUCUGAUGGCGUAUGCAGUCUAACUGGGUCAGCCAAAGUGCAGGUGAAAGCAGCGUCGGAGAAGCUGCAAGAACAUAACGCCCGAUCGUGGAAGAGGAAAAUUGAUAAUGUGCUCGCUCUGCAGAAUAAUACCGUAAAAGAUGUCAGACGAAUGUUCUCAGGAGCUGACGAUCCUCCCCACGAUGCAGAAGAUGAAGAAACCAUACUUGCAAUUCCAAAGCGACCUGGAUUGAUGUCAGCAGUUAUUAGCGACCUACACUUAGUUCUGGACAAACCAUCGUUCCCCUUGUCUGACUAUCCUAAAUUUCUUCACGAGGUGGGUAAAGGUAUGCCACUUGACAUGCAAUAUUCAUUGCUUCUACCAAUGAAUAUCUCCCUAGACAUGGGCGAGGCUCAGGUCAUGUUGCGUGACUAUCCAUUGAAACUUCUUCAUGUACCUGCAAUCAGGCCAGGCCAGCAGCCGAGACUUCCCAGCUGGUCUCUGCGGACUGACUUUGUCAUAGCGGAAGAAUAUCGCAAUGCUGAAUCGACUCGAAACGUCAAGGUUGAUAUUGUGCCCUCCGGUCAACAUGAAGACGAUUGUAGCGAAUUGUUGGGCUUUUCGCUAGACGUUCGUCGCACCGUUUCGCCUGUGAAAACGUACUCGAAAGUCAUGAUUGAUGUCAACACGAGUCUGCCCACGACAAUAUCCUGGGGCACUUCGUAUCAACCUGUUAUUCAGGAUAUGAUGAUGAUCAUUGAAGGUUUCACGAAGCCAGAGAUAGAUCCAUCGGAUCGUGUCGGUUUCUGGGACAAGAUUCGGCUUAGCUUUCAUUCACGAAUGACCGUCAAAUGGAAAGGCGGCGGAGAUGUGCAUUUACGUCUUAAAGGCUCUCGCGAUCCGUAUGUGACAACUGGCUAUGGCGCUGGCUUCGUUAUGUGUUGGCGAGACAGCGUACAAUGGGCUAUACAUACAACCGACGACCCCAAGGAAUUUAUGACUGUGAAGAGCGCACGUUCAAAAGAUGAAGAUGGCAUAUCUACCAGUAGCACCCAAAAGAAUUCAGCCAUCUUUAAGAAGGUGAUCAUGAAACUCUCAGGCAACGUGCAAUGGCUUGCUGGGUUAGUUUUUGAACGGAACUCCAGUGGUGACAACCGGUUGUUUGAUUUCAAGCCUCAUUAUGAUGUGGUGUUGAAGAAUGCUAAGUAUCUCGACAAACACACACUUGCGGAUUACGAUGCAUUUGGAGGGUUCCGAAGCCACCACAUACAUCUCUCGAUAGCCGUUGCUGCUCCUUAUGACAGGGAAUGGAGCUUGAGUAAUCUGAAGCCGUCCGACAGCUAUAACGCCGUUCAUCUAAGCCCUAGAUUCUUUACGCAUUUCUUUGACUGGUGGUCACUCUUUUCUGGGGUCAUGUCUCUACCCAUUCGACAAGGGCGUCUCUGGCGAGGCCCUGAGAAAACAAGCAAGAAAUUCGGUCGUCAUCUGGCAACUCUCAAGUACAAUUUACUGUUAUCGCCACUGUUCGUAGCUCACGUCUACAAGCAUAAGGAUGCUGAAGACUAUGGGGAAGAUGUGGUCUCGGCGACUGGUUUGAAGCUACGACUUGACAGUUUUAUGCUUGACCUCCAUCAACGACGAGAAUGGUUUGACACGGUGAUCAAAGGUAAAUCAAAACAGACUCGCACAAGCGGGAUGCGCAUCAAUGAGGGCCAAUUGGACUUUAUCAAUGCAGAUAUGCGAGCCGUCUCGGCAAACAUUGGUGGCACGAAUGCAGACGAUCUUUUACGAGCCAGUGACGAAGCUCUGUCCACAUACCAACAGCCUGUCCCUACAGGCGAUAUGUCACGGUUUACGAUCACUGAUCACGACGUAUCAUGGAUUGACAUGGACGACUUCGUCGAGCUUGACUGGGUUCUGCCUUCCGAGUCGAAUCCAGAAACCAAAAUCCUACCACUAGCUUUUACGCCACGUUUUACAUACUUUCGGCAGACUGACCAUGGAGGGGCAAUACAUGGAGAUGAGACUCGUACCAGCCCUUUCGGCGACGAGCCUACCCACUACUGCAUUAUGUCCCAUGACAAUGAUCCACGCCGAGUGCAGAUGGAGCUUGUAAAGGAGAGAAUCGAUUCCAUUACCAGACAAAUCGAGUCUCACACUCGGUUGAUGGGCGAGCAGGAGUUGCUCGUCAUCCGCGACGGAGAUCAGGACAGUGGCUUGAAGCGUCAUUACGAUAUCCUCGUUCAGCAGAACAAAGAGCUUCACGCCAAACACGAGUUCCUCGUUGCUGGUCUGGCUCGCUUGACUGAGCAGAGAUCAUCAGCUAACGGUUCCGCAACUCAGUCCGGCCCAGGGCCAGCCAGCGAGACGCAUGCCUAUGUUCACUACUCUGAAGCUGAGGCCAAAGCACAUGAUGCUCUUGAUUACCUCUUUCCAUCGUCACAAGAAGAAUUUCCUAGCAAUUUCAACAACCGAUUCAUGGUACACAACAUUCAGUUCAAGUGGAACAAUUCUCUUCGCAAUAUCAUCCUUCGCUAUGGCCACCAAGUCAGCCAAAGAAGAGGAUUCGUUUACUAUAUGUCACGAAGGGCAGUGAAGUUCAUUCUUGAUAUCGUCGACGAGCAGAAUAGAUCGAAAGCGCAUCUGUCGCCAUGCACAGAACAGGAUGACAAGUCCCCACGACCCCGCAUAGAAUCGGAGACCGAUGACAGAGAUCAAGAAGCUCUCGUCAAAGACCGUAUCGACCAGCUGCUUCAAGAUGCGAAGCGUUUCGUUGAUGCUGACGAUCCAAUGAGAGGUGGUAAGCAGCGCGAUGUUCGGCCUUCAACAGCCAGUUCGGAGAAUCAGCUAGCAGAGGACUUUGUUCCGCAAAACAGCUAUCACGUCCGCCUCAUUGCACCUCAGAUUCAACUUCAAAGCGAGAAGAAUAACAAGGCUAGUGCAAUUGUAGCAGCGAAAGGCAUGCAGCUCAAGGUGGUCUCUAUCAUGGACAAAGCGAGGAUAUCAGAUGAUGUCAGUGGCCUGGUGCAACGUCAAUUUUCACUUGACAUGGAUGGGGCGCAAUUUUUCGUCACCACAAAGAAAAGAUUAUAUAAGUUCUUGCAUCUGUACUCAGGAAACAAGUACGGCAAUCCUCCAGGCUCGUCUUGGCCUCCGUGGGUAUCCCUGGAGGUGAUGUUCGAUUUCGAGCUUAAUCCGUUCGGCUUCGAAAGAGUCAUCCAGAGAACUUCAGCAACAUUGCGGUACGAGAAAUACAACACACUACGCCUCAAAUAUAACGAGGAAGUUGCAAGGGCCGAAACCAAUCCAAAGGGCAAGUCGGCUCGAGCUGAGAGUCGUAUUGACCAUCUUUCUGUCGACUUCCCUUGCAUCAAAGCUACUUGUGAUUCUGCUCAAUAUUAUGCUCUGUACAUUAUCGUUCUUGAUCUCUUGCUGUAUAGCGAGCCACGAGAGAAAGUGAGAAGUGAGCGACUGGAGAAGAUCAUGCUGGCGUCGGAUUUUAGUGACCUGAGAGGGGCGCCGGAGAUUGCCAGCAGUCUCCAGGAAAGGAUUCGUCAACUCGAGGACAUCAAGAACCAUUUCCAGAUCAAUGCCAGACACCUUGACAGGCAAGGUUGGCAAGAUCGAAUGAGCCUCGAGAAAGACUUGGCCAGCUGUGAAGACGAGCUGUUCUUCAUCAUGAAAGCCAUCACCACGUCGCAAUCUCAGCGCAAGAACGAUGAUCGGCAGACUACACAGUCCAAAGGUCUUCUACGCUGGUAUCUCAGGGCUUCUGAGGUUGUCUGGCAUCUGAUGAGGGACAAGGACGAAGCGCUCCUAGAGUUCCAGUUGGGCGAUGCAGCUUAUGAGCGCAUUGAUAACAGUGAUGGAUCCAACCACAAUGCGAUGGAAAUUGGCCGGAUACAUGGGUUGAACCUCCUGCCCAAUGCCUUGUACCCGCAAAUGAUUGGGCCAUACCAGGAUCUGAACUCCAAGAGCUCGCUACAACGGGACGACCAGAAGAUGAUCAAGGUGCAUUGGUACAUGCUCGAAGCUAUUGCAGGAAUCCCGGUGCUUGAGCAAUUCCAAGUUACGCUGUUCCCACUGAAGGUCCAAUUGGAGCGAGAGCUCGGAAAGAAAUUGUUCGAAUACAUCUUUCCCGGAGUGCAAUCAAGCGCGUUUGAGAACAAAAACUUCUCACCUUUCAUGAUCAGGAACAUGCAACCCCUCGACGACGGGACAGAUUCGGAGGCGGAUGAAGCGGCGAACGCGCUGCUUUCGGAUAGCAGUGCGCAAACGUUGUCCCAGAAUAGCUCGAUUAAUGUAUCAGAGACUGCAGCCAUCGGCCGUAGGAUGCAGCCUACUUUAGCUCUGUCACAUGACGAACCUCUACCACAUGCAAAUCACAAGCCGACAGGUUUGGGUAUCAGUAGCGAGCACCACCGCCUCGGCCUCUUCAGACAUGCCAACUCAUCUUCAACGUCCAAGCUGGUCACGAGUGGCGCAUCCCAUCGGAAAGGGUCACCAGACAGUGUACGUCUUCCUUCGAAGCGAUCCAUGGACAACUCUUCCACAAAUCUCUCGGCCAUGAGUAUGGAUGAGUCGAGAAGGAAGUUCGGUCUUCCACGCUCAUCAAGCAAAGAUCGAAGAGAUAAAGAGAAGAAGGACAAGCCGUCGGAUGAGCUCUCCCAGAUGAUGUCACGAGCGAGCAACUACAUGACAUUAGCGCAUGUUAAGCUUGACAGUGUUGUCAUCUGUCUUAGCUACAAAGGCAAAGGGGAUCGCAAUCUCGAAGAUCUUCAUGACUUUGUCUUCCGCAUGCCCGCGCUAGAGUAUCGGAACAAGACUUGGUCUAACCUGGAUCUGGCACUGAGACUAAAGAAGGACUUCAUCAGGGCUCUUAUCUCCCACACUGGGGCUAUCAUCGGCAACAAGUUUCACCACCGCCCCAACAAACAACAACAAUUGCGCCUCCGCAAGGCGGCUAGCUCUUCGCAGAUGCUGUCCAAUAAUGCCAGCCCAACAAACACGCCGAGUACUAGCGAAGCGGAUAGCCUCAUCAGCUCUGCACCCCGCAUGGAGAGAUCAAUCUCGCCUAGACGGUCUUUUGCUUCUACCAAUCGACGAACUUCGCCUCUGAUGAGGGUAGACUCGUCCCCUUCCAGCAUCCACAGCUCGCGACCAUCCAGUCUAAUUAUGACCCCCAUCAAUCCUCCUACCGAGCCCACUCGAGCUCAGACUUUCCACGGCGGUCCAAGCCUGAUAACGAAUGCGCUGAGCAAGCACUUCUCGCGUGACCAUAACCAUCGAGGUCGGCAGCCUGUAGAAGAUAGUGCGGAAGACUCAGAUCAGGAGAAUACCAAGAAAAAGGCGGUGUUGCUUCUGGGGAAGAAGAUCCUGGAGUCGUUGAGCUGA